UGCGUAGAAACAAAUAAAAUUUUUGUUCGCGAAAAAAUUAACCGGAAUUCGGGACAUUGUAAUUACUGCGCUGCAUUCUGUUCGUACUUUCGAUUUGUAUUCGAAAUAAAUGUUUAAUUAGUUCGCAAAUGUUGGUGCUGCGGCGGCCUGAAACCUAACCCAACAACAGUGAGCGAGACAAGCGUAAAGUUUUUCAAACCGUAAUCUUGUUGAUUAAUUCAUACUAAAUAUUGCGUGCGUUCAUUUUAUGGAUGGCUCAUUUGCUUUUGGAUACUUGCCGAAGAAAGGCCAAGACAUAAACUCAUUACCGCGUUCCAAGCACAGGCCACCGAAUACAUUGUAACAUGCUUUAAAAAAACCGCCAAUACCACAAUAAACAAACAUCAAAAUCGCGAUUCAUUUGACUAAGCCUUACCAUCAUUGCCCUGAUCGUCAUCUACAUACGCUAGCGCUCGCACUCCCGCUCACAUCCAUUCACCCAGCAUCCACAACAAACCCAAUCAAUAUGAGUUUGUGGAAACGCAUUUCGAGCCAUGCCGAUUGUGAGCAACGCAUGGCAGCUUACUACGAUGAGAAAGGGCUGCUCGACUUGCGUCUGUCUCUGGCGCCCUGGAUUGAAGACAGAAUAAUGUCAGAGCAGCUAACACCGAGCUCCACCGAUCAGUACGAGCGUAUCGCUUUAAAGUUCAACGAAGAUCUUCAACAGAAAUUACUGUCGACUCGCACGUCCAGUGACCAAACCCUUAAGUAUCGCAUAGUUGAGCUCUGCGCGCUUAUCCAACGAACGCCCGCCGUUGAAUUGUACACUUACCUACGUAGCGGUCUGCAAAAGGAGCUGCAGUUAGCCGCUGAGAAGACCGUAGUUUCUACGGGUUGCCAAUCAUCGAUGCCGCUAAAUCCGUACAUGAACAUGAACAACACAGCGGCCGGCCUGGCCAUGGGCAGUGCAUACAUGGACACCAGUGAGGGAUUGGGUGCUGUUGUCGCCCCUGGUGUAGUGGCACCCGGUGUUGUGGGACCCGGUGUAAGUGAGGUUAUGCACAAUGGCAGCGUCACACCUAUGCCGGUCAGACCCAAAAUUGAACUGUACAACGUUACCGUUGAAAUACAGCGCUCUUUUAACGAUUUCAUGCAAUGCGUUAAGGCGCUAAACAUGCUAUCCCAAAGCUAUCAUUAUGUACUGAAUCAACAUAACAAUCCCGAUGCAGAGGCUACGUUUAAGCGCUGCAUCGAGGAGAAGGGCAACAUAGUGGCUCUGCUACGACGAUCUUUUAUGUGCUAUGAGUUUCUGCAGGAUCUGGUCAUUACAGAACUGAAGAAUUGGCGACGACAACAGGCGCUGGCCGGCAAUGGUGCGCCUUUUAAUGAAACAACGCUAGAUGAAAUACAACGUUGCUUUGAGCAGCUGGAAGUGUUCGUCACUCAGCUUCUUUCCGCCGUUAAAGAAACAAUUGCCGUGCGCCUGAUGAAUGCCGAAGAUAUUGAAUUAACUCAAUUGCUAGAGCAGAUUCAGUGUGCGCAGAAAAAUCUCGUCUGUUCGGCCUUUAUCGUUGAUAAACAACCACCGCAAGUUAUGAAAACGAACACCAGAUUUGCAGCCUCAGUUCGCUGGUUGCUGGGCUCGCAAUUGGGCCUACAUAUGAAUCCACCUACAGUCGAGUGCAUCAUCAUGUCGGAGUUACAGGCACAACGCUUUGUUUCCAAACGGACACAUGAAGGCUCCAAUUGCAAUUUGGGUGGGCAAUCCUCGGGCGAAAUCCAAAACUGUGCCAGUGCUAUGGAGUAUCAACAGAAUACACACGUUUUUUCUGCCGGCUUUAGAAACAUGCAGUUAAAGAAAAUAAAACGCGCUGAGAAGAAAGGCACGGAAAGCGUCAUGGAUGAAAAGUUCGCUUUGUGCUUUUUUGCAACAACAACUGUCAACGAUUAUCAGAUACACGUGUGGACAUUAUCACUGCCUGUGGUGGUAAUUGUGCACGGCAACCAAGAGCCACAGUCUUGGGCCACUAUCACGUGGGACAAUGCCUUUGCGGACAUUGUACGGGAUCCCUUUGUGGUGACAGAUCGAGUCACUUGGGCCCAACUUUCCAUCGCUUUAAACACCAAAUUCGGAUCAACAACACAGCGCGCCCUGACUGGCGAGAAUUUGGAUUUUCUCUGUGAGUGCCACUGCGUUACUUGCAUAGCCUAUUCUAAAAAUUGUUACUAUAUCUUGAUAUAUACUUCAUUAGAUGAAAAAUUGCAGCGCGAUAACGUGGCGGGCGAAUAUAUAUCUUGGAACCAGUUUUGUAAGGAGCCGCUUCCGGAUCGCAAUUUUACAUUUUGGGACUGGUUCUUUGCCAUCAUGAAAUUAACUAAAGAUCAUUUACUCAGCAUGUGGAAGGCCGGCCGCAUUACAGGCUUUAUUAAUAGAGCUAAGGCUCAAAAUGAUCUCAUGCAAGCUACCACCGGCAUAGGCACAUUUCUUGUACGCUUUUCCGACAGUGAAUUGGGUGGCGUGACCAUAGCCUACGUUAACCAGUAUGGUACAGUGACCAUGGUAUCGCCCUGGAUUGCUCGCGAUUUGCAAAUAAUUAACUUGGCAGAUCGUAUACGUGACUUGGAUGCGCUGCGUUGUUUACAUCCUACAGAUGUUAAUGUUCAGCCGUUGGAUCGCGAUUCUGCCUUCGGCGAAUUCUACACAACCCGCGAUGAGGAAAAACCUCGGAGCGAUGGCUACGUACGUACCAGCGUGCACGUGCGUACUGGCGAUGACACUGGCUCCAUCAGUGGUACACCCCACCAUCCCAUGCAGUCGCCACAUCAGGACAGCAUGUCGAUGCCAAACCUCUCACCGAUUGGGGGAGUCGUGUGGCCAACCACGGAUGAUUCUGAUUCAGAUGAUAGCUUGGUGGCUGAAACUAUCGAGAGUAUUGUCAUGAAUACCCCGCUAGAUCAUCCACUAGUGUGUCAGAUCAGUAAUACGAUAUUCAAUGUGUGCAAAGAGCGGGAACGGGUGAUGGACACUGACCAGAUACAGUACGCUGAUCAUUACGGAGAAAAUGCCUGUACAUCACCUUUCAAUCAGACGGUUCUAAAUCAAUAAAGGAGAGGGAGAAUUUUCUUGAGUGUGUUGUGCUGCUUUUCUGAGUGGUGAUUUUGGAAUGACGGAUUUUGAUUCAAUUUCGAACUUUGACGUAUACAAAAUUUAAAAGAAAUGAAAUAUAUAUAUAUAUAUAUAUAUAAAUAUAUAUAUGUAUAUAUAAAUAAAUAUAUAAUAAAUAAAUAUUAAUGUAUUCAUAAAUAAAUAUGUUACAAUGAUACACAAACACAACACGUCGGACGUCCAAUGUGCAGAUGAUAAACGCCUUCAAGUUACGACGCUACCCUGAUCUUUGUGAAUUUAUUUUUGCAUCAUCUUACUUUGUUUGCAUAGUUUAAAUUUAUUAAUUGAUGUUGGAAUUUGUUCUUCUGGCAUGUUCUGCGCAUAUUUGUGCAAUGCCAUACACUAUCCAACAACCACAACAUCAACAACAACAACAAUGCAUGCAACAUCUUGCAACAUCUGAACACAACACUCCCACAGUUAGGACAUAAUUCCUAUCUUUGAUUUAUUUGUUGUGUAUGAAAGAUCGGCAUGUGUCCGUGUGUGUGCGCCUUGAAAUUGAUUUUAACUAUGAUAGCAUUAUAAUGCCGAUUCAGUUGUGCGUGAUGGUUGAAUAUCAAAAUUUGUUUUUUAUGUUUAAUUAAAUACUUUGAUUUACAUUUCUUAGAUUCUUUAAGUUAAAAUGUUAUAUAAUAAUGUUACAUUUAGUAAAUUAGAACUUAUUCAAACGACCAGCAUAUACAAUUUGCUAAAAACAAAUUCUAAGUUUCGAUUUAUAUAUGUAGUAGUAUUUCUUUCUGUAAAAACCCUUUCAUUGGCUUCCAUGUAAACAUAAUUAUGUUUUAUUCAUUUGAAUUAGGAAAAAGCUUAAAUUGCAUUAGAAAUGCUCCUUUUUCGUUUUUUUUUUUUAGUCAUUAUAACGAUAAACGUGAGCUGUCAAAGAAAGAUAUUUUUUGUAUUGCCUAACUAUUAAAAUAUACACAAACUUUAAGAGUUUAAAAUUAGAUUAAGGUAAACGAGUUAAUUAAACGACGAACUAUUUUUUGUGUAUUGAAACGUUCAAAAACGAGUUCUGUUCGACGAAACUAAAUUUGAUGUGUACGUGUAAAACAUAAAGUGAACAUACAAGUUUAAAUGUUAAAAUGUUAUUUCCACGCACACAUUCCUUUACAUCUGACAUACAUAUGUAAAGCUCCGUGCAGAAACUGAUUAUUGAUUAUCCACACUGAUUAAAUUAAAUGGAGUGUUUUAAAUGUAAUUUUAUUCUCAUAUCGCAACUAAAGGUUUAAAUUCAAUGGAGAUAGAUGUUGAAAACGAACUAAACAUACAUAUUCUUGUCAAAAUGGCCAAUAAAGAUUUAUUUUAAAACCUA